AUGCGCAUCCUCCUCCUCAUCGCCGCGCUCAUCGCGGCCGUCAUCGCCGACGGGCUCAACCUCACCGCCAUCACCGCGGAAGUUCCCCAGUGCGCUCUCCAGUGCGCCGUCGCCGGGCCCGGCCAGGCCGGCUGCGGCCUGCUCGACAGCGAGUGCAUCUGCGCGCGGCUGCCCGAAAUAUCCGCCCUCGGGGCGCCGUGCAUGGUCAAGGCCGGGUGCAAGAUUGACGACAUCAUGAAGACGGGGAGCAUCAUCGUGGGAGAGUGCGAAAAGGCGUACGCGAGCAAGCACAAUGGCAGCAUAGAGGGCAUGUACGCACUGCCGGCGAACGAGAGCUCGACAAGGACGGGCGCGGCGGCAAGGUUGUACGGUGCCGGAUGGGCGGUCAUUUCGGCGGCAUCGUUUACGGCUACGGCGUUGUGGCUAUAA